AAAUGAAGAUCCUUUUUUCACUGACCUAUCUGGUUUUUAUUAGUUCUCCAGCUUGGACAAUAGAUAGGUACUAUUACAUAGGCAUUGAAGAAACUACUUGGAACUAUGCUCCUACUGGUAAAAACAUGCUCAAUGGAAGGCCUUUUUCAGAAGAUCAAGAGUUUCAAUCCAAAACAUAUCUCCAACCAAGCCAAGAUAGGAUAGGAUCUGUCUAUAAAAAGGCUUUGUAUUUUGGGUACACGGAUGAUACAUUUCAAACCACCAUUGAAAAACCAUCCUGGUUGGGAUUUUUAGGUCCAAUCAUAAAAGCAGAGACUGGAGACCUCAUUCAUGUACAUGUGAAAAAUAAUGCUUCCAGAAUGUAUAGUUUCCAUCCUCAUGGACUCAGCUACACUAAAGAUAACGAAGGUGCUCUCUAUCCAGACAACACUACGGGCCUGCAAAAGGAAGAUGACCGUCUACAGCCAGGGGCAGAAUACACUUACGUGUGGUUUGUAGAAGAAAACCAGGGGCCGGGCCCCAGUGACAGUAAUUGCGUGACACGGAUGUACCACUCCCAUGUGGACACCCUAAGAGAUGUGUCUUCGGGCCUUAUCGGACCCAUUCUGACUUGUAAAAGAGGAACCCUGGAUGGAGAUAUGGAAAAAUAUAUCAAUGAGUAUUUCAUUCUGGUGUUUUCUAUAACUGAUGAAAACCGUAGCUGGUAUAUCGAUGACAACAUUCUAAUGUACACUGAAGCUGGUCAAGUUGAUGCUAAUGAUCCCGACUUCGAGGAGAGCAACAUCAUGCGCUCGAUAAAUGGAUACUUGUACGGAAAUCUACCUGGUCUCACCAUGUGUGCAGAGGACAGGGUCAAGUGGCAUUUAAUCAGUAUGGGUAGCCUGUUGGACAUACACCCCAUCUACUUCCACGGACAGACUCUGAUAUCUCAGACUCACAGAAGAGACACCAUUAUCGUCUUCCCCGCCUCCAUGCGUGAUGCCUUCAUGGUGGCCAAGGGUGUUGGAGAGUGGCUGCUGGACUGUCGGAUACAUGAGACUAUGCAGGCUUUCUUUAUUGUAAGGGAUUGCCAAAAGUCUUCAGCAGAUGUUACAGGGACACAAGUUGUUCAUUAUUACAUUGCUGCUAGAGAAAUUUUCUGGGACUAUGCACCAUCUGGCAUAGAUUUCUUCAGUGGAAAUAGUUUAACAGAAGCUGGAAGUGAAUCCCGCUUCUAUUUUGAACAAGGCCCAAGCAGAAUCGGAGGAACUUACAAAAAACUAGUUUACUUUGAAUACACAGAUGCUUCCUUCCAAACCCAGAAGGCAAAAGCAACACACCUUGGAUUCCUUGGCCCUGUCAUCAAGGCAGAAGUGGGGCAGAUCAUCCAGGUCACUUUCUACAACAACGCUUCCGAGCCGCUCAGCAUUCACCCCCAUGGAUUGCUUUACAACAAGAACAAUGAGGGCUCCUUCUACAGAACGCCGGGAGGAGGUACCCCAUCACCCUCCUCGUAUGUAAAUCCUGGGGCAACAUUCGUUUAUACAUGGGAAGUUCCAAUAGGUGUGGGACCCACUUCCACAGACCCCAACUGUCUGACCUGGUCAUACUUCUCCUCGGUGAAUUUUAAAAGAGGCAUCAACAGCGGCCUCAUAGGGCCUCUUCUCGUGUGCAGAAACGGAAGUCUUGGAGAGGACGGCCAACAGAAAGGAAUAGACAAAGAAUUUUACCUACUUCCCACAAUAUUUGAUGAAAAUAAAAGUUAUCUCUUACAUAAAAAUAUCAGGAUAUUUACCACAGACCCUGAAAAUGUGGAUACAGAGGAUCCAAACUUCCAAGACGCUAACAAGAUGCAUUCCAUAAAUGGAUACAUGUAUGGAAAUCUGCCUGGACUAAAUAUGUGCUUAGGAGACAAUGUUUCAUGGCAUGUUCUUAGUGUGGGAUCAAGUCAAGACUUACAUGGGAUAUAUUUUUCAGGAAAUACCUUCACUUCCUUAGGAUCAAGGGAUGACACCGUAGUUGUGAAUCCCCAUAUCUCCCAAACACUUCUUAUGACACCUGAUUCCACAGGCAUUUUUGAUGUGAUGUGUAUGACCUCAGAGCACUAUAUUGGAGGCAUGAAACAUAAAUACCAAGUGAGGGAGUGUGCAGAGCCAAACCCGGAUCAAACACAGUACCAGGAGGCGAAGGUUAUUUAUAUCGCAGCAGAGGAGAUUGUGUGGGAUUAUUCUCCUAGCAGGGACUGGGAGAGAGAACUGCAACAUCUCCAAGGACAGAACGAAACAAACAUAUACUUGGAUAGAGUUGAGACAUAUCUUGGGUCCCAAUACAAGAAGGCCGUAUACCGCCAAUAUGAUGACAUCACAUUCACAAAUCAAACAGUACGAAAUGACGAUGAAAUGCAUCUGGACAUACUAGGUCCUAUAAUAUUUCUCAGCCCUGGUGAGAAAAUCUAUGUUGUCUUUAAAAAUAAAGCCUCAAGACCGUAUUCUAUUCAUGCUCACGGCGUGAAAACAGACAGCCCCACUGUUGCGGCAACACAGCCAGGAGAGAUCCGAACAUACAUUUGGCAGGUUCCUGAAAGAUCUGGUCCUACCUCAAAUGACUUUGAGUGCAUACCUUGGUUUUACUAUUCGACUGUGGACAUGGUCAAGGAUCUUAAUAGCGGACUGGUAGGUCCUUUGAUUGUAUGUCGAAAAGACACCAAAGAAAACAUAGUUCACCGUGUUCUCUUCUUCAUGACUUUUGAUGAGAAUGAAUCCUGGUACAUUGAAGAAAACAUCAAUACCUAUGCUCAAGAACCAAACCAAGUAGACAGGAAUGAUAUUACUUUUAAACGAAGCAACGAAAUGCAUGCCAUUAAUGGAAGAAUGUUUGGAAAUAACCAAGGCCUGGUAUUUCACGUGGGGAGUGAAGUGAAUUGGUACCUGAUUGGCAUAGGGGAUCAGGCUGACCUGCACACAGCUCACUUUCACGGCCACAGCUUUAUCUUCAUGAACAUGGGAGUGUUUCGCUCUGAUGUGUAUGACCUUCCUCCUGGGAGCUAUCAAACUCUAAAAAUGUAUCCAAGAGAUGUUGGAACAUGGUUAUUUCAUUGCCAUGUCAACGUUCACAUCGAGGCAGGAAUGGAAAGCGUUUACACUGUAAUCGAGUGAAAAGCACAAAUAUAUGCCUGCUAUGAAUGUUGACAAGUCCAGGAGCAGAGUUAAAGUUGACGAAGAAGAAAAACUUCAGGAAUGAAGGAGUAUAGGAGGGGCUGUCUAAAGAUGUUCAUGGCAAUAUGCCAGGAAAAUUAGCGAAAAAUAAAAGUUUUCUUGGUAAA